GGGGGUCCCCGAGCCCCGGCAGCACCCGGGGCGGCCGCUAGGGGGCGCGCUCCGAGCCGGCCCCUCCCACCGCGGAACCCGCCUUGCGCGGCUGCGGCUGCCGCCCGGCGGAGACCGGCGGCGGAACCGGAACCGCACCGUGUCCCGGCAUCGCUAUGGCGCGGGACCCGGCCUUCGUGCUGCGCUACCUGGCCGAGGUGGAGGAGCUGGCCGAGGACGUGCUGGCGGCACGGCAGCAGAUCGUGGACCUGGACGUGAAGCGGAACCGGAACCGCGAGGCCCUGCGGGCGCUGCAGAACGAUCCGGAGCCCGACGACAAGGCCAUGGUCUGCUUCGGGAACAUGUUCAUCGAGCUCCCGAAAGCACAGACCAAGGAGAUGCUGCAGAAGGACCAGGAACAUCUGGAUGAGGAGAUAAACAACCUCCGGAAAGAGCUGCGCGUGAAGGUGAACCGCCUCUUCGAAGCUCAAGGUAAAGCUGAGCUGAAGGGAUUUAACCUGAACCCCAUGACCGCUGAGGAAAUGAAGCUAAUCAAUCGCAUCCUGGAGGGGUGAGGUGGCCGUGCCAUCGUCACGGCACGUAUUCAGGCUGUCACUCAUGCAGCUUAUGCUGCAAUAGUCGCAGCCUUUGGGGUUUGGAGAAGGACAUCGGCGUGCCCGGAGCCCGCCUCGGGUGAGGUCCCUAGCAGGCACUGGGGAGCGUUUGGCUCCUCAGCUACGAUGCUGCAGUUUCCUUGGAUCACCAACCCUUUCCCGCUCCUUACUGCAGCCUGGGUGGCAGAGCUGUGCCCAGGCACGGGCUGGGACACAGCGCUGGGCAAACGCCCGUGGCCGGGGAGGAAGUGGGGUUAUUAAAAUCAGAGCAGCGGGGCACUCCUAA